UUCCGAAUAUGUCUCGCAGGACUGCGCAAACGUCGCUACUCCGCCCAGUCUGAAGCUCCUGUGCAGUCGUAAGCGUCCUCACUUCCUGCCUUGCUGCUACUACUAGUCUCCGAGCGUACCAAUCUCUACCGUCCUCCCCCGCCUUUAAUAGAGUCACCGAGCGUACCGGCGAGAAUCCAUGGCUUCCCGCGCGCUGUCGAGCAACGAGGAGCUGUGGCAGCGCGCGAGCAGGACGGGCACGGGCCUGAGCGUCACCACGCUGCGAUUCGCGCGAACCAUCUCGCUGCACCAGGUUGAUGCAUCAGCGGCACUGGCGGCGUCCAAGCACCCCAUUCUGGCUGCCAAGAUUCUCAAGGUGCAGAAGCCCAAGGCGCACUGGGAGAUCCGAGUGCAGGACGGCUCGGCCCCCCAUGUGCGGGUCGUGGAGCGCAAGUGGGCGGACGUGCUGGGAGAUGGCGCUGACACGCUUGGCGCCAGCGAAUCGGAGGAGGCGCUGAGGCUGCUGACGCAGGCGGAGAUGAAUCUCCCUCUGGCGCUGGCUGAUAAGGACGACGAGGAGGCGACCGACGUGUUCCAGGUCCACGUGUACCCCUCUGAGCUCGCCACGUGUGUCGUCCUGAGAGGCCACUGUGCCGCCUUUGACCGCAGCUCUGCUCUCUUUGUCGCCCGGGGAUUCCUCUCCUCUCUUGCAGCGGUGCUUGCUGGCUCCGCCCCUCCCUCCCCACACUGGCCUAGCAGUGGUGUCUCUCUCCCGCCGCCGCUCGCCUCUCUCAUGCCCAGGGGCGCGCAGUCCAAGGGGCUCUUCUCCAAGGUGGUGGACACGGUGGGGUAUGCUGUCAACUCCAAGUCCGCCAUGCUGCCCUUCCAGCCGGGGUGUGCUGACUCGAGGAAGAGCCGCUUUCAGUCGGAGGUCAUCUCUAUUCAGCUGUCCAAGGAAGAAACUGAUUCUCUCAAGGCGGCCUGUGAGGCGAGGGGCAGCUCGCUGUAUGGCAUUGAGUGCGCCGCCGUGCUGAAAGCGGCAGCAGAGGAGCUGCAUCUCAAGAAGGAGGAGUCGUUUGGCGUCACCAGCCUGAUCGACUGUCGCCAGCACUGCGACCCGCCCCUCUCUCCUUCCGCCAUCGGCGUCUUUGACUCGGGUCUGCCGCUCAAGCACUCCUGCUCCCAGGCCUCCUCUCUGUGGGGGAUUGCCGGGCAGCUCACGCAGCAGGUGGCUGCAGCGGUCAGCAAGGGCAAACAUUUCUCGGAGCUGCCCGUGCUGGAGAUGCUCUUUGGCACGGUGCUCAACAACCCCCCUCUCAGCCCAGAGCACUCCCUCCGCACCUCCUUUCUCACUGCCUUCACAGACGGCCCGCUCCCUCUCGACCUGACCGGCCACGAGGGCUCUGCCCUCAACGGCAGCACCAGCAAUGGCAGCAGCAAUGGCAGCAGCGCUGGCGAUAGCGCCGACCUAGCGCCACUGCAGCUGGAUGGGGUGAUGGGGCCGCUGGUGGCCAGCCAUGGCAUCGGCCCGUGCAUUGGCAUGCCGGAUUUUAUCAAGAAUGGAGCUCUGGAGGUGCUGCUAGUGUACCCGAACCCACUGUACUCUCCUGCCAAGAUGGCUGAGUUCGCUGUCCUCGUUAAGAGCAACCUCCUCGCAGCAGCAGCUAACCAGGAUGUGUAGCUCCGCUGUCUGCUUACGGUAGCUAUCGAUCAGUAUGAUGUGAACUUCAUUGUUUACGAUGUCUUACAGUACAUCGAUGUGUACAUCUGUGUGCAAAACAAUGGAACAUGUAUUAUUGCACAGUGCUUUCCAUAAUU